AUGGCCUGGGCGAGCGAUGAUCUCUCUGUGCUUGUGCAUGCCACCACGUGGACGCUAUUCAUCAUCGCAACCUUCUUCCUCGGAUUUAGAGUAUACAGCCGUGUAAGAAAUACAGGUGUUGGGCUACAGGCAGAUGACAGGGUCCUGAUCGUGGGAUGGAUCUUCCUCUUGCUGGCCUCGGCCAACAUUUCCUGGCUUAUGGUCAUCUUUUUGACGCCAGGGAACAUUUUGAAGAUUACCAUCGCACGAACCCAUCAUAACCUACAGUCUGUUGCUCUAGGUUUGACAAAAACGUCCUUCGGAAUCACACUACUGCGACUGAUGCCGGGAGGAUGGGAAGCGAAACUGAUCUGGGCCCUGAUUAUAACAAUGAACCUCCAGUUUGCUAUUCACAUUGUUGCGUCAUGGCAGGCAAUCUGCGGAGCACCAGAUCAGGGCCAUAUUGGAGGGAAUAGAUGCUGGCGGCUUGAGCAGUCUGUAACAUUCACGGUUUUCAGUGCUUUGUACUCGGCCCUUUGCGAUUUCGUUCUUGCCUUAUUACCAUGGAAGAUGAUAUUCAACUUGAAGAUGAAGCGAUUAGAAAGAAUUAGCGUUGCCCUGGCACUGAGUAUGGGAGUGUUUGCCGGCGUGACUGGUAUAAUGAAAGCCGUCCAGGGAUACAAAUUGCUGCAAGUCAGGUCGCCGGACUACUUGUACAAUCAGACAGUAUACUGGAUCUGGUCCAUGGCAGAACCGAACGUUACCAUCAUAUCGGCAUCGAUACCAGUUUUACGUGGAUUUGUGCGUAAUGUGCGAAAGAAAACAGGAUCAUCCCCUGGAGCUGGAGCAUACCUCAAGACGGGUGAUCAUAGCAGCAGGUUUUACAACCGCAGUGUCGUCACAGCCACUAGAAAUGAGCCCAAAGAUCAGGAUGCAGCGAGUGACAGCAGCAUACUAGGUCCAAAUCAACGAGAAGGGGAUGGGCUCAGUAGUGGCAGGAUUGAAUUGACGACUGAGGUAAGUGUCGAGUACGAGUCUCGACCCAAAACGGGGGUUGCAAGGCAAGUUGAGGGCCAGAACAAUUCUACAAGAGGAGAGUAUGAGAUGGAUGAUAUCAAACCACACGUGCGUCGCUAG